GGAAACACAAAGUUCUUGUUAUAUUCAAAUCGUUCCUUGAUAUAUUAUUCCCAUUGGAAUAUAUUAUCAUUUUCAAAACAAAUCUUAUAGCAGGAGUGACUGUAUCCAGAUUAUAAAAAUAAUUAUAAUUUAAAGAGUAAGCAGCCCUUCAAACCCCAAUGACAUGAUGCUGUAAAGGUAGCAAUAACAUUAAUAUUUCUGAGCAGUGAAUAAUUUACCUUGCCUAGUGAUUCAAAUACUUUUGGGCCUCCUUGCUCCCACCCUAAGGUUCAUCUCCACACAGCAAUGAAUUCAAAUGAAAUGCAAAUUGGGAUCCAUAACUUUGAACCAUGCUGUCAAUCCUGAGUGAAGUUUUCUCAGGGCUAGGAAGGAGUUGUUACAACACACACCGGACUUUCUGGAACAUCCUCACUAUGCAUUUUUUAUCCCUGAAGUCCACACCAUGUGGCAGCUACACUAAUCUUACUUCCCUCUCUUGUCCAUACUUUAUACCCUCUACCUGCACCUUCCCAAAGCCCAACAAAAUUCCAACCUUUGCUGGAUCUUUUUUUAAUCACCCUUUCCUCUCUUUACCACAUUUCCUACGUUUCCCCCUAAGAUUAAGAAUCCCGUACCUAUGUAUGUUACUUUUCUACUGCUGCUGUAACAAAUUACCAUAAACACUUCAAAGAGAUGGGCAUCUUUUCAAGUAAGGACAAAACAGCAUACAUUUAUUACCUUACAUUUCUGAAGGUCAGAAGUAAUAACUCAAAAUGAGCAUUAUGGGACUAAAGGUGUUGGCAGGGCUGCAUUCUUUUCGAAGGCUCCGCAGAAGAAUCUGUUUCUUACUUUUCCCAGACUCUAGAAGCCACCUGUAUUCCUUGGCUUCUGGCCCCACAUCACUCCACCUCCCACCUCUGACAUCACAGCUCCUUCUUUUACUUUGACCCCCCAUCUUCCUCUUAUAAAGGCUCCUGUGAUUGCAUUGGGCCCACAGGUUAAUUCAGGAUAAUCUUCGCAUCUCAAAAUCUUUAUUUUAUUCACAUUGGCAAAGUCCCCUUUGUCAUGUAAGGUAACAUUUUCACAGGUUCCAGGGAUUAGGGCAUGGAUAUCUUUGGGGCAUUAGUAAGUCUGUCACGCCAGGGAUGAUAUCCAAAAUGCUUAACAACUAAUGUGCCACUUAAGGUAGAAAUUCCAACUAUCAGAAAGGCCUCUGGUCAUAGUGCUGGAGCAAGACUCUGAAAUCCCAGAUGUACUGGUAGAUGGAUUAUGGAGAGGGUUAGGAUGUCUCAGGGAGUGACUGGGAUGUCUAAUACAGUGGUGAGGCACUCCAGGGCCAGAAGCAAUGGUUCUCUUCAGGCAAUACAAAAGACCUUUGGCUUUUUUCUUUUUUAAACCACCAGUACAACUACAACCACAUAGUUUGGCUGAACACUGACCUGUCCAUUCUGUUCCUUCUCUGAUCAGUUUAGCUUCCCUAUGCUUCUUUAAGUUUUCCCCUUCAUUCUCAUCCAUGAUCAGCAUGCAAAGCUCCUGGGAUGUUAUCACGUGCUAUUCUUAGCCCUUUUGGCUCAUCUAAUCUCAUCACAACCUUAUGAUUAGAUUCCGUACUUAUCUUCCUUUUGCAAUCACACACACAGGAUCAUAGGUGCUAUUCAUUGGUAGAACCUGGAUUUGAACUCAAGCUUUAGAAAAUGACCUCCUAACCACUGUAAGUGUGUUCAAGGAGAUGCAUAUCUGUUCAGGUGGAUAAGGAGUACGAAGACCAUACAGGCAAUGUAGAGGCACCAAGCGGCAACCCUUUGUCCACAUGCAUUCGUACGUUUGUGCAGAACCCUGUCCUAUAGAAUAUAACUAUUACAUGGAGGAAUUCUUGAUCAUAUUGUAUGAACUCAUAUCUACUAUGUACGGCAAAAUCUGUAUACUCUUGAAUAGAUAUUCUAUAAUAAAAAGAUUAGUCAACUUCAGAGCAAAUCAAGUCAAAACUCCAAUUUUUCUUGGCUACGUAACAGUCUAGAAUGAAAUAUGGUAUUCUAAAGUACAUAAUGAAAUAAAUGAAUGAAUAAAUAAAAUCUAUAGCCAAGAGUUUUAUUUAUAAGACCUAACUAACUAUGGUACAUGACUUUCUAGCUAGAAUAUUAUAUUCAACUUUCUCAAAUGGGUUAGAGUCACAGAGACAAGAGAAGCAGAAGAAAGGAUGAUAAAACCAUUUCUGGACUUUAGGUCUUUAAUUAACCUCUACCCAGUCACAGAUGCAGUUAGAAAUAUGUUGCUCACACCCAGAGGAAAUAGUAUCUAAUAGAAAUAAGUAAUAGUAUCUAACAGAAAUAAGUAAAUAAGUAACACCCUAAGAGAAAAUGAAUCAUUUAUGGGUACAUUUUAUUUUGCUGAUUGGAAAUAUUUUUGGUUUGGACAAGAAUGAGCAUUAGCAAGUUCCACUAAUUUAAUUGAUGCAUUAUAUAGAAGAGAUGGAUAUUAGAUAAUUUUUUAGAUGAUAGAGUGAGAUCUUGUUUGAAAAGGACAGAAUUUCUAUAGAGUCCCUUAGAAUCAUUUAUAAUAUUAAUAAAUCAGAUUGUUAAGUAACAUGUCAGAAGCCAAAAUAAAUGUUUAGUUAAAGAUGUUUUGGUGAACAGUUGGAAGCAAAUUCUAUUUUAAACCCUUGAAACUUAACCUAAAAUAUUCUUGCUAAUUUGGAAAAUACCUCUUUAUUUAAAAUUUCCUAAAAGGUAGCCUCUCCUCCUACUUUUAUAAUGGAAUACUGGAUGAUUUUAGUCAAAAGACAUAGUUAUUACCAUAAGAAAAAGUCCUGCAUGAAAGUACGUGUUGCCAUUUUACUCAUUAUCAAAGUGCCCUUAUGACUGUCAGAGAGAACAGGUAAGAUGCCAGGGGAGGCUGAGAAAAAGAAAUCAAAGUGUUUUUGUUUACUUUUUUGAAAUCUUAUAGUACCUAUUGUUUAUUAUACAUACUUUUUAAUUCAUGCUGAAAAUUGGAAUUCACCCAUUCUCUCUUUUUCCUGUCAAAGAUGCAGAUGGGGCACAUUUCGUUGACUCCAUCAAUCCCUGCCCCCACACAUUAGCACACGCACACGUAUACCUAGCCAGUGGAAAAGAAAAAAGAGUUACUCACAUUCAUCCAUUUUACAAAGAUUUCCAGGCUGCAAUGGGAGGGCUUUACCUCUCCCUGAAGGAUGAAUAAAUAGGUAGCUUAACUGACAACCUGUUCUCAUUCAAGCUGAAGUGAAAACGAGACCAAGGUCUUGCUCUACUAUUGAUACUUAUGAGAUCCAGUCCUGGCAACAUGGAGAGGAUAGUCAUCUGUCUGAUGGUCAUCUUCUUGGGUACAUUGGUCCAUAAAUCAAGCUCUCAAGGUCAAGAUCGCCACAUGAUUAGAAUGCGUCAACUUAUAGAUAUUGUUGAUCAGCUGAAAAAUUAUGUGAAUGACUUGGACCCUGAAUUUCUGCCAGCUCCAGAAGAUGUAGAGACAAACUGUGAGUGGUCAGCUUUUUCAUGUUUUCAGAAGGCCCAACUAAAGUCCGCAAAUACAGGAGACAAUGAAAGGAUAAUCAAUGUAUCAAUUAAAAAGCUGAAGAGGAAACCACCUUCCACGAAAGUAGAGAGAAGACAGAAACACAGACUAACAUGCCCUUCGUGUGAUUCUUAUGAGAAAAAACCACCCAAAGAAUUCCUAGAAAGAUUCAAAUCACUUCUCCAAAAGAUGAUACAUCGACAUCUCUCCUCUAGAACACAUGGAAGUGAAGAUUCCUGAGGAUCUGACUUGCAGCUGGACACUAUGUUACACACUCUAAUACAGUAGUUAAACUUAUUUCUUGGUAUUCCACGUGAAGGAGUACAAUAUAUUAGCAAUGGGAAAAGACACUCUUAAGUGUGCAAAGUCAGGAUUAUUUCCCCAUUAUUACUAUGCAAUAGUCUGAUUUUCUAUGACAUUGAUUUCUAUGACUUCUCAAGUUUUUACUUUAUCUCACUGCCCAACUUUGACGUUUCUUAGUUAAGGAGAAGGCUAAAAUUUUUAAUCAAAAAUACGGUUUUGACAUAUAUUGAUUUUAUAUUAACCUUGAGUUUGAUUACCACCAGAAUACGGUCUAUUAUGAUCAUAACUUAAAACGUAUAUACCUUCAUUCAAGUUGAAAAUAUAGAAGCAUAGAAGCAAAAUAUAUAAAAGCAAAAUGAAAAGGUAACAUUUUUGUUCUUUUAAGGAAAUGAAAACUGAGUGUUUAAAAACUUAUAUCUGAAUAGUUUUUUUUUAAUCGCAUAAUGUCUAACAUAUAAAUAUGUAAUUUAUUUAUGCACCGGGGAUACCAGAUGGCUACAGAAGCCUUACUUCUUUAUUGGGGUCUAUCAAAAUAUUUAAAUACUAUAAAUAUGAAUAUAUUUAUGGAAUAGACUGUUAGUCACUGGCAAUAGAGUAUUAAGAAGUUGAUUUAAUAUUACCUUCCUCCAGCCCCCAGUCCCUUAUAAGCUAACAUUUUAAGCUUGUGGAAAUGGUAAUUUAAAGCUAUAGAGGGACAUAUGUCAGGUUGUCUUCUGGAACUAAAGAGAGUUUUAAAAGUAUUGUAGCUCUCUCCUAAAACUGUUAAAAUGAUCAUAGUAUGAGCUAGCUAAUAACUUCAAAUGUCUGUCUCCUUCUUUCUUUCUUCAUUUCUUUUCUCCCUUCUUUUUAAAAUGAAACUUCUGCUUUGACAGAAUUUCAAAACAUGUUUAGCAUUUUGACACUUUUAGUUACCAUCCUUUUGAUAAGACAAAUUCAAUCACCUACGUAAUUUUAAAAUCAGGAGACAAAUCAAGAGGCCACGACUCCUGUCCAAGCUGAAAACACUUUCGCAUAAGCAUUCCACUCUUUCAAACUCGGGUAGUAAGAACAGGCAACCUACUCUAGCUGCCAUUUCGUAUCAACGCCAGCACAGUUUGUUUAAACAUGAAGUUAAAAACUCUAGAGAAAUAUAAUUUUUGCUAGAAUGGUAUAAGCUAUUUGAGAACCUCUUAUUGUUAAAAUAGUUGUGAGUGUGCAAGAGGAUGUGGGAUGAGAAAUGCUUUAUGCUCUGAGAAGAAAAAUUAUCUGCUUAAAACAAACACAGACUUUACUUACAGUUCUAAAAGAUAUAUUGAGAAUUAUUUAAUCAAAUCUCAGUGAAAUGUUUUAUCAUCAGCAAGUAGACUCAGAGAAAAGAAAAAAAUGUUUUGUCAUCAGAAACAAAGUCCUCUGUUUUAACAUUUUAGAAUGUGUAUUAUAAAGGAAUUAUCUGUCUGAUGAUGAUAAUAUACUCUAAAAUGUGCCUAAGUUUCAACUAUGCCAGCCUGGGUUGUUGGGAUAAAAGUUAGAAGCAGGUACAAAGAUGGUGAGAAAGAUGGAAUCUAUAUUUCUUGUUUCUGAAUUUAUAGCUAUUAACUUCUUUGACAUUGUAGUUUAAUAUUUAAAAUAUAUGUUUCUUUUGGCACGUUUAUUGUUAAACAUUUCUGUUCCAAUUAUUUUGAUUAGAGUUUCUAUCUUAAAAGUAAAAAUAAUUUAAUGAGGGUUUGGCUAAGAGCCUUUAUUAAACAAAGUUUAAACACCCAGAUAAAGAGUCCCCCAACACCCCAGAAAAGCAAUGCAUUGAAAUAAACAAGAUGAAGCAGUGAGAUUUCAACAGCUCCAUCUUCACUGUUCUGUGUUCAAGACUUAGCCAAUUAUUGAAAGGUAUAUAAAGAUAACCCAUAAAUAUAACUGUUCACCUAUGGACGGUAAGACAGGAGACCUGAAAUUUUGUUGACUAUGAAAUUACAGUCACUUGUUUAAACUGUUUAGGUUUCCAUUUCAUUAUCUAUAGAAUGAGAAUCCUGGACUCAAUCUCUAAUGUCUUUUCUUCCUUUUUUAGAGCUUUAAAUAUCUAUGAGUCUCCAAAGUUCUGGGUAUUCUUACAGGAACAUCUGAUCAUACUUCUAAGUAAAACUUUCUACUGUGUCUGAUGUUCAGUUGCUCAAUAUUAUUUCAAUAACAUUUGUAGCAAUGCUCACUUCAGGAACAAGGGACAUGCUCCAAGAAAAAAAAGGAAGGAAGGAAGGAAGGAAGGAAGGAAGGAAGGAAGGAAGGAAGGAAGGAAGGAAGGAAGGAAGGGAGAGAAGGAAAUAUUACUGUAGGUCAUGAGAGUUCAGGGAAAAUUAAUCAUGAUCUUUAUUAUUUUAGUUCAAAGUCUCUUCUUGGGACACUUGUAUAAAAUGUAGCAUUAUUAUUCUAUAUUAUUGCUCUGUCUGUUGUAUUUACAUAUGCA